UGUGAUAACGACAGAUGUCUCACAAACCGGGGGUUGAACAGGAGGGGUGAAAGAAGAAAAAACGCCCAGUCGCAUAUUGGACCUCAGGGAGAGAGUAGGACUGGCUCUGACUGAAUCACAUUCACUACUACAGGAGAAAAGAAAGUACAUUCAACACGCUCUUUCAAGCGGAUUUCAACAGAAACUGAAAGACAGGACAUCAUGGGAGGCAAGUUAAGCAAACGGAAGAAGGGAUACGAUGUCAGUGACCCUAAAGAGAAGAAAGAGGAGAGUGCUGUGGCAGCAGUUGAACCAUCAGAGAAGGCAGAGAGCCCUGUGACUGAGGCGGAGGCUGCACCACAGGAGGCUGCAGCAGUAAAUGCAGUUGCACCAGUGCUGGAGUCUGAAACACCAGCUGAGAAAACCGCAUCUUCCUCAACAGCACAAGCAGAGGAGAAGAAGGAUGAUGCUGCACCAGAAAAACCACUGGCUACAACAGAGGCAUCUACUGCUGCCCCUAAGGAACCAGCAAGUGCUCCAGAGGAAGCGGCAGCUGUAAAGCCAGCAGCUGUGUCAGAGUCACAAGCUACAGAGGUACCAGCCUCUGCAUUAACAGCGACAGCAGUCGAGACAACAGCUGCUAUACAAAAGGCACCGGCAGCAGAGGUACCAGCAGCUGCAGUAGAAACACCAUCAGCUGCUCCAGAGACUUCAGCUGCACCUAAAGAACCAGCAGCUGAGGAACCGACAGCUGCACCAGAGGCAGCAGCAGCUGAGAAGACUUCAGCUGCACCUAAGGAACCAGCAGCCGAGGAACCUCAGACUUCUGCUCCAGAGCAACUAGUAACAAAAGAACCUGCAGCUGCACCUGAGGAACCAACAACCGCACCAGCAGUAGAGAAAUCUGCAGCUACACUCCAGGAACCGGCUGCUGUACCAGAGACACCAGUGACCGAGAACCCUGUGACUGCAGAAGAACCAGUGAAGACACCAGUGAAAGAAGAUCCUCCUACAACACAUGAAGAACUUGAGAAUGUGCCAGAGGCAACAGUGGCAGAGGAACCGAUAACACUAUUUGAGAAACCAACAGCUGUGGCCGAGACACAUGCAGCUGCACCUGAGGAACAUGCAACUGUCCCCGAAGCUGAGGAAUCUGCAGCUGAACCUGAGGAUCCUGCCCCUGUGCCAGAGGAGCCAGUAUCAUCACCUCAACUUGCAGCUUUGCCAGUAGAACCUAUCAUAGAGGAGGCAGUAGAGAAGGUGGUUGAGGUGGCUGCAAAUGUCAGUGAAACCACAGAGGUCACACCAGAACAAGAGGCAGUCACUGAGGCAGUAGCUCCAGAGUCGGUCGUCGAGUCUACCCCAGCGCCUGAACCUGUUUCCGAGGCAUUGAGUGUGGCAGAGGUCGAAAAAGCUGUGCCUUCCCCUGAAGAAACCCCAACAGUCACAGAGCCUGAGUCUGAAACUGUUGCUCUUCCUGAGGUCACACUAACAAAAGCAGAUCCCUUGCCACCCGCAGAGCCAACACAACCCGAACCUACGACAGAGCAAAAGAUUGCAGAGGAGUCUAUUCCCACAAUUGUCAUCUUGGAAUCAACCUCGACCAAUGAGCUCUGCCUUGAGGAAACUGCCCCGACUGUCAUAGAAGAGAAGCUGAAUAAUGGGGACUGUGAGAGUUCUGGCUCAGCAGAGGAAUCUGUGUCAGCUCUCCCUGAGGUAAAUGGGGAGUGCCAUGAGCAGGCACCAGACAUAGGCUCUUUGGAUGUCCUUGGGUCCCCGGUUGAGGCAUGUGUAAAUGGUGUGAAGGACAAAGAACCCCCUCAAGUGCUGAGUGACUGUGAAAUGAAAAAGGACUUGAGUUUGGAUGCUGACUUUCAGGUUCCAACUAUGAUUGGCGACAUGGUAGAGGUGCCACAGUGAGUCGAUUUUAAUCUGAGGAACAAACCUUAAAUGUGAAUCCCAUAUUGAUGCAAACAAACAAAUGAAACAAUCGUCUGACAACACAGGCUUUCUGAAAAUAAAUGUGAAAAACGCCUGUUGUGUUCUCUCAGGCAAAGGAAUUUCUGGUUAACCAAAAAGAAAAACAACCACCCAAGAGCUAAGUGUGAGAAACAAAAUAAGAAUGAAACAGUGAGGAUGAAAGCAUAAAAGGAAACGAGAGAGAGAGAGAGAGAGAGAGAGAGAGAGAGAGAGAGAGAGCGGUUGGUCUUUGAAGUCUUUGUGGCCGGUGUCCUGCUGUCAUUGGUGAGGGUGAGCUUGCAGGCCUAGCUGAAUAUGUAAACCAGAGAGAUGAUGAUUACAUUUGAACAGAAAAUAAAAUAAAUAAAAAAACAAGAUGGCAGAACAGAAAUGCACGACAGUAACAAUGGUAAAAUGAUUUGAAUGAACAAAAUCAUCUUUUGUGUUUGAGCCUGAUGCAUAUUAAAAUGGUUUAUUGGAUUAGCAUUUAAUAGUAUAUAAUCCAAUUUAGACCACAUUUCUUUCACCAUGUAAUACGGAGAUUUGAGGAUGAAGCAUUUUGAAAUUUUCAUGUUGGGAGAAUCAGUGGGUAAUGUUCAUUUUAACUUAAUGGCUUGGCUUAGAAAAUAAAACACUCUGUUAUACCUUAAAAAAA